AUUAAUUUUGUGAGAAAUUUCAGAAAAUAUUUUGUUAAUAAUUUCUGAUUGGUACAUAGCCUAAGUCAGUUUUUUUAGAUACAGGCCUGCCUUGACCCAGCCCACACAGACCCCCACACAGUGCUAUGAAUGCCUGGACUCUAGAGUAGAGUAGUGUUGGGUUGGGGAAGGCUUUUUUUCUUGUCUCUGUUGUCUCUAGCCUAGGAGGAGAGCUAGGCCGAGGCUAGUGUAGCUUGCUCGAGAGAAGCCUCUUUCUAUUACUCUACUUACCUUACCUGCCUGCCUUACUUGCCUAGGCCUAGUUAAAUUAUAAUUUAUGUGCUAUAGGAUACAAUAAAGACAUCAUGGAUUAAAACUGUAAACUACUUCUCAAAGCAACAAGUUUAUAUACCACAAUGUCAACCAAAACACUGGGCAAGAUUGCAAUAUAUGGUGCUGUCGCGUCGCUUUUAGGAUCUGGAUAUUGCUAUAAAUCAAUACAAGAUAACAUAGCAGGAGCACCAUACUACAGGAAAACGAUGUCCAUAUUGAGAAAUCAUUCUGGUGCUGUAGAAGUCUUAGGGGAACCAAUCAGAAGCAAGUUUUUAAGUCUAAGUAGCUAUAACAAUAAGAUGGAUGGUUACAAUGCUCAGCUUCAGAUUCCUAUCAAAGGCAGCAAGCGUUCAGGAACCAUAUGCAGUUGGUCUUCAAGAAAAGAUACUUCAGAAGAAUGGUAUGUAGAGAAGGUUGAUUUGGAACUACGUGGAUCAAAUAGACAAGUAACAAUCUACCUAGGAUCUGAUGAUAAAUCAACAGUAGAUGAAUUUGACAACUGAGUACGAUGUCUCACUCAUGUUAUAAUUUGGAGAUGAAGAAGAUAAUCAGUGCUAUUAGAAAAUCAGGGCCAGUCAGUUGGGAAUAUACCAACUAUAAAGCUCUAAACCACAGGUGGACAAAGUGCUGCCCAACAGCGAUUUUUUUUGCGACCUGCAAAAAUGAAUUAAAAACCCUGUGUGUGCGGCCCGCCAAACAACAUUGGCUAGAAAACAUAUUGUUUCUUAUGGCCCAACACCAAUCAUAUGUAAAAAGUAACAUUGAAACGGAGAAUAAAGUGAUGUAAAAGCAGUGCUUGGAGGUUUUUAGAAGCCCACUGGAAACAUUAAGUUUGGGGGCGGCCCUCGGUGUUAAAUAAAAAUUCACUUUGGCCCUCCAACCGAAUUUUAUGCCCACCCGUGCUCAAAUAACUGUGAUGCCUAUAUUUAAUAACAAAAAUAAUUAGCAUUUAUAAAGCGGUUUUUACAGGUGUUACACAGUGCCAUAAGGCCUUAAUCUAUUGGUACAGGCAAGUUUUAAUGAGAGACUUGAAUUAUUGGAAAGUGAAGACUGACGGAUGUUAAGUGGAAGCUGAUUCCAAAUCACAGGUGCUUGGAUAUAUUGACAUCCAUAAUUGUGGCCAUACUUGGGUGCAUCACACAAAUUUGUCACAUAAAAUUUGAUAUUGUGGGCGGUGCUUAAGGCUAGACCUAACUCUAGUAGCGUUCAUCACCAACUAUCACUCACCCUAUGCAUUUUGACAUUACGGUAUCUCAUGACAUAAAAAAAAACCCAUGUGCCUCACAACAGCAUUACUCAUCCCGGAUUACCAGUGUCGUCCCAGAACUAAAAUAUUACCUAAUUGUUUUUGGCACCGUCACAGAUUUUAGGUAAUUGUUUCAGCAGCAAAGAAUUUCAACCAGUAAAGAGGAAUGUGGAAAAUAUACAAACAAAAGAAUUUUUAGGGAAUGUGAGAAAUGAGUUAUUUUAGCUUGUACAGUAAUUACUCUAUUAAAUGUUUUAAAAAAUCAAAA